GGUUUCUUUCCCUCUCCCCACCCCGCAUUGCCGGGGUGCUCGGUGGUACGGCCCCGGGUCAGGUCUGAGGCGAGGCGGCGUGAGGCGCUGUCAGAGGCGUGUGCGAGGUUCAGCUUAGUGCCGGUACCGGGAGCCGCCCCGCCACCGCCGCCAUGGAGCCCCACCGCUGGCUGCCCCUCGAGGCUAAUCCCGACGUCACGAAUCAGUUUCUUAAACAGUUAGGUAUACACCCUGACUGGCAAUUCGUAGAUGUUUAUGGUAUGGAACCAGAACUGCUUAGCAUGGUGCCAAGACCUGUCUGUGCAGUAUUACUUCUCUUUCCAAUAACAGAAAAGUAUGAGACUUUCAGAACAGAAGAGGAAGAAAGAAUAAAAGCUAAGGGUCAAGAUGUCAAAUCAUCAGUGUAUUUCAUGAAGCAGACCAUUAACAAUGCUUGUGGAACAAUUGGAUUAAUUCAUGCUAUUGCAAACAACAGAGAUAAAAUGAAUUUCGAAACUAAUUCAUCACUGAAAAAGUUCCUAGAAGAUUCAUUAUCUAUGACUCCUGAAGAGAGGGCCAAAUAUCUCGAAACAUACGAAGCUAUUCGUGUCACUCAUGAAUCCAGUGCCCAUGAAGGUCAGACUGAGGCACCAAGUAUAGAUGAAAAAGUAGAUCUUCACUUUAUUGCAUUAGUUAAUGUAGGUGGUCAUCUCUAUGAAUUGGAUGGGCGCAAGCCAUUUCCAAUAAACCAUGGGGAAACUAGUGAUGAUUCUUUUUUAGAGGAUGCAAUAGAAGUUUGUAAGAAAUUCAUGGAACGUGACCCAGAAGAGUUAAGAUUUAAUGCAAUUGCACUGUCUGCAGCUUAAAAGCCUUUUCCAGUGGGGUUAAUCUAUUGAAAUGUAUUGUAACAAUAAAACUGUUGCCAUAUGUUAAUAAUACAAAUUUUGAUACUUCUCUAACAUGUUGAUUAAUUGUAGCAUACGUGGAAUAAACUUUGCAUUUGUCCUUGUUAUAUCUUGCUACUUGUUCCUAAAGCAAUUUUGGGUAUUUAUAUACAUGCAUGCAUUUUGUGCAAGACUUCUAUGUGGUGGGUUUUUCUCCUCCCACCACCCUCCCUCCCUUCCCUCCCCCCUCCUUCCCCUUAAAAGUUUUGGGAAUUGCUGUCUGUGAUAUUUCAUCAUCAUAAUGAUGAGCUACUUCAGAGCAGGAUUAUCAUUUGUGUCAUUCAUGAAUAAUAUUUUGAGUAUGUAGUAUGUCAGUGGGUGAAAACUUGAAAGAUGGAGAUAACCUCUUACUUCCAUUAUGACACAAGCAUAUUAUAAAAACUUUUGCAGGUGACUCAACGGAGAAGAGCUUUUUUUUUUUU